AUGUCGUGGAAGCUGGCGGAGUUGCGAUGGCGACAGGAAGCAGGCCUGCAGGGAAAUGUCAGGAGCUACAAACAACAGGAAAAGUCUUCUGAAAUCUGGUCUCCAAGAUACCGGGAUAGUAUUCAGAUGAUCGAGACAGCUGACCUCACUCCUGCUGCCGUCUGGUCGCAGCAUGCCUGGGAAGACGCUCGCAGUGUGCGAUAUGUUCGCAAUCCAAAUUUCACCAUGCCUCUCGGCUUGAGCGGCCAAAUUGUACCGGACCUUGACGUGUCAGAAUCAAUCAGUCCACAUGUAUCAGUUUCUUCCUCGACACCACUUCUCAAGGGACCAAGAACUAGGUCGACCAUCAGCUUUGAAUAUGUCGGGCGGUCACAGUCGAACGGGCAAGAGUCCAAGCUCCCAAUCUUCCCAAACCGCAAGGAACCAUGCACGCACAGUUCAAAGGCACAAACCCCAUUGUCGCCUGUGAUACCCGCCAUCGACCAGAUUCCGCAUUCAAUGACAAUGAGUAGCUGCCAUUCCUCUGAGCUGGAAGGUCCUGUACUUAUGGCCAUGUCCAACCACGAACAAUCCAAAGCGUCCACUCAUCAAUUUCACAUUCCUGAGAGUCAGAUUAGAUUCACGAAUGCAUCGCCAAUAAACUCAUCACUUUACGCUGGAGCCAACCACAACCACACCAUUUCAUCUGAGCAGCACCCCCAACAAGGAAAAUGUCACAGUUUCAAUCAAGCUGCAACUUCAACUGAUGAUCAGGUCGUAGGGAUAGAUAGGCAUUCUUCGAAUGCUGCACUGAGCGAGGCACUCUGUGAGAGUUACAAGGACAACGUGGAUCUAUUGAGGAAGAAUGGCCCCCAGCAUUCCGAUAUUUGUACUACAAUGCCAACGGCUGACGGCUUUUCUAUCGAAUCAAGGCACUCUGCAACCCCCGAUGUUUUCGACAAGACUUGCUCCGGAUAUCCCCGAUUCACUACCGCUAGCCAACGACGAGCCACACUCCAACUUUCCCCGGAUCUACCAUCGCCACAUGCAGAUAUACUAGGGCACCGUUACAAAACUAACUUUGGUGAGUCGCUCUCUGAGCGUGACCUGCGAUUUCCCUUGAUAUGUUCAGUUUCAUCCGAGGAAGAGGAUGAAAGGGAAAAUUCUGCGCAUCCGUCACUGCCAGACACAUGGAUACCCUUACAAGAUCUCCCUCGCAGGGAAGUCUUGUCCGCGCAUGGAAUCCUUCAUGAGGCCAAAUACCACCAGGAAUCGAGUGCAGUAUUCGAAACCUCAGAAAUUCCCGAAGAAACAGUGUUAAGCGAGAGAGAAUCCACAACUCUGGAUGAAAUUGUCUCCCAGUAUGCUGAUUAUGACCCAUCUCGAUCGCCAUCGUAUCCCCAAAACGAAUACCGUGAAGCUCUGAAGGAGAUUGAAGACGGAAAGAAGAGCCCUAUGCAUGGAACUUCAGGAUGCGCAAUAACGGAGCAUCGUGAUCUCGAGUGUAGGUUGGAUCGAAUGGGAGCUCAAUUAAAUACUCCAGAGCAACUUCUAGACAACAGGGAUAUCCGUCACAUUAGAGCUGGAAGUCUCCGGAGUACUGCGAUUAUUUCUCCCAAUCUGGAUGUGGAAUCAGAUGGCAGUGAUGGAGGAUGGCAAGAGACACCUCAUAGCAGCCGAUGUGGUUUCUUGACGCCCUCAAAGAUGCGUUUUCGCCUCGCAAAACGAGACUCGGCAGAAGCAACAUGUACAGAUGGCAUAACUGAAAGUAAGCCCAUGUCACCAUGGGAUCCUUUUGCAAGAUCGUUGUCGUCAAAACGCCGACGAGAGCGUGUCAACAAGCUUCGCUUAUCGCAUCGCAUUCAAGCUCAUCCCGCUAUGAUCGGGUUGCAGAGACACCACCCUCCAUCACGACCCUCUCACGUUCGAUCGCCGAAAAUGCAGGACGACUCCUCUCGCCUUACUCGAUCACGAAGCCUCGAUGUAAACCUGUCCCACGUGACACAAGUUGCCGUCAACAUCCCGCCUCUAGGUAACAUUUAUUCCGAUUAUUUCUUAGUCGAAACGCCAACUAGGGCCCUCCCCUCUAGCUCCCUCUUCCCAAGUCUAACGGGCCGAAACUGGAAACUCCAUAAUCUGUCACACAGUGGAAUCGAACACCCUGGGGAUGAGAGCCAGGCCUCCAGGAGAGACCCAUUUGUCCAGUUUGAACCGAGCUCGUUUGAACACCAGGAAAAGGAGACUUCAUCCUCGGAGUUACAAGUUCUUGGAGGCACUGCAGGGGGCCGUCCAGCCGGAAGCAUCGUAGCAACUACGGCAGAGGGUCACCGCAUGGGAAAAUCACCACGAAAUGAGCCUUCAAAGUCCAGUGGGAGUCCUCUGCUUUUAGGGCAUCAAAUAUCACCUGGAGCUUCAUUGGGGCCUCUUUGGCAAAGCCAGUACGACAACAGUGAUGCCGCAAUAUCACGCUUUCUUCGGGGUAGCCGCUAUGGAGAGAAUGUCACUCUGAUAAGGGCUCCUCGACCACAGUUCAGGCGAGGUGAAAGUGAUUUAGGCAUCAGAGCCGCGGGAAGUAGCCUGGCGGACAUUUCAUCGAGCUCGACCUCUCUCGGUCUGAAGAGGCCAUCCAACAAGGGGCUUGGUAGCGAAUCUCUUGAUCACUGGCAGUCUGCGAGAUUUGGAGAUGAGGAUCUGCAGAGAUUGAGUUUCGCUGGGCCUGCUCCUUCAGGGACAAAUGGAAAGAGUGCCAGCUAUAGAGCAUUCAAUCGCGUCGAGUCCGGGGAGGCUACGCUGACAUCAAGUAGCAGCACAUCAGCAUGUCUAUUAUCACGACAUGAAUCACAUGGGAACGAGCCUGUUAUUAGGCUACCGCUUGCAAACCAGUGUCCUGCAUUUCCACUUACAGCGGAACAACUUGCAACACGAUCUGAUAUCAAUUGUUCCGUGCCCUUUGAACGACUGCAAAUGUUGAGAAACGGGAAGUGGUUGGAAAGAGGAUGGUGUUUGGUUCACCAGCGAAACGAGUUCAGCCACGCCAGCUUGACCGCGAAAAAGGGCCAAGAUGAUACGGGAGCGGGAUUGGAACAACGUCGUCUAGCCGGCAGACUCCUUCUGGCGUUGGGGGUUGCGACGUAUUUCGUGGGUGGAUUUGCUCUGAUACAUGAUAUGGCGCGGCAAGGAGUGGCUUCGCAGCUAGCAAUGGGACAUGUUAUGCGAGGAUUCUCUCUGCAGGAAGGGUGCGACGCAGACUUAGCCGUCGGUGGGCUAACCAUCCUUUCAAGAGAGGCUGACAUGGCACAAGUGGUGGAGAGGGCAUGUUUUGUAGCCGCGGUGUUGGUGUUGGCGGCUUGCUUCACCGUCUGCGUAUGGGCAGCAACUGCUCUUUAG